UUAAUCUUGCGCGUUAUUGCCCUAGUCGAUUCGGGGCUGUUCAUGUCGAUCGAAAAUUAUCGAGGUCACGAGUCACCAGAGCUUUUCCGCGCUCAAGUCCACCCUCGGCUCUGCGCCUUUUCGGCCUCACUGGCUAGAUAGUAAGUAGAACUGCACAUCCCGUUGGGACCCCUGCAAACCGGAAAAACCGAAGAUGCCUCAUGAGAGUCUGUUCCCUAAUCCCGAUAUCUCCUCUAAUAAUCUCUAGAAACCCCCACGGAGAGGGACUUGUUGGGCUAUUGGCUUAACUGGUUGGAGCUUUGACUGGGCUGACCAACUGUUCCCACAUGGUUGUCACGGGAUUUUACCUCGAUCAAACUCCGUGCCUCAGUUACACCUCAGUUCUCACGUCGCUGGACGUUCUGGACUCGCCGAAAGGCUCUUGAGCACUCUCUAAAGCUCCCAGGAUGAUACCAGGUGGCGUUCGAGUCGUCAAAGUCGCCGUCAUUGGCUCCGGACUCGCUGGUCUAACUUCAGCGUAUUUACUUUCCACAACCGUUGACGACACCCGGACGCGUUUUGAGGUCCACCUCUUCGAGAAGGAUUCGGUUGAGUUGAGAGUUGAUGUGCCUAUGAGAUCAUUUCAAGGAGGUUACUAUCCUUUCCUUCUUGCUCUCUACACGCACCUCGGAGUCGCCUUUCGUACAGCGAACUUCUCAUACUCCUUCUCGAAUCUCCACCCAACCUCUUCAACUGACAAUUCAUUAUCCCUGCAACCAUGGUUCCUUUAUAACGGUAGAUCAGCUCUUGGCGGCAUAAGCGUUCCAUCGCGACGUCGCGCUAGGGCUCCAAUACAAUCGCAAAUGAACUACUGCGUUGUUAUGCUACAAUUCCUUAGCAUAACACUUCCAUUCCUCUUUCUCUUCGCCUUGUCAGCAUUACUGUACCUGUUCAACUUCAUUCGCCUGGCCAUUCUUUCUUGCCCCAUUUUUUAUUCAAAGGACAGCACCGAGACUUUUGGGGACUGGGCAUUAAGAACUACCCCCCGCGGGCCUCUUACCAGGUGGACGAAAGCGGAUAUCGCUUGGUUAGAGUUUAUUCGCUCCAUUGUCCGCCCCUUAUUUUCUGCGCUUUGUACGGCCGCAGAAGAAGAUAUCUAUCAACAUCCUGCUCCAGAAAUUUUAGAAUACAUCUGGCGUACGCAUUUCACGAACCAUUAUGUCGUUACGAAUGGAGUGCGGGACGCUAUCGCCAGAUUAGUAGGGCCUCUCGAGCCUCAGAAUAUUCAUCUCUCAUCUACCAUUACUUCGAUAUGCGACGAUCCUCGAAAUCCAGGUACCGCCAAGAUUAUCUUCGAAGAAUCAUCGCAUUCGUCAGAGGUUCCUUCAACUCGGUCGAUUUCAGGUUUCGAUCAUAUUGUAUUUGCUACCCAAGCAAACAGUGCAUCACGUAUCCUAGGGGCGUAUCGCUCCACUCUUCCCCCCAAAUCCCUACGAAGAAGGGUGGUGGACGCCCAGAUGGAAUGCUUAAAUACAUUCAAAUACGUACCGAACACCGUGAUCAAUCAUACAGAUGAUCGCUUCAUUCCUAGCCAUCCAAGUGAUCAGAGGGACCUGAAUUUAGCCAGUGCUGCUUCUCCAGUGUCACAAUACUUCCCCAGGUCAGUUAAGAGCAAUUCAAGCGCAGAUCUCUCGUGCGUGCCUCCGUCAUGUACGAUGGCCACACACAUUGUCUAUAAAUCCGAUACGCACAGAAUGGGUGAAACCCAUCGUUCCUCGUGGACGGGUAUUUAUCAAACCACGAAUCCUAUCAUUCCACCACACAAAUCAACGAUCCUAUCAAUUGCUAGGCUUGAACGAGCAGUCCUCACUCCUCGAUCCAAGUUGGCGCAGCGCAGCCUGAUGAUAGAAGAGUAUGAAUCCUUAUUUCACUGGAGUGGAUGUUCAGUCCACCUCCCAAUCUUAGGCAUCAAAUUCAACGUCAGAGACUGGCCCUUUUUCUUCUCGAGAAAGCGGAGGAGAAGACUAGGAAGACUUCAAGGCGUUGGAAAACUACACGCUCAAAAUGAGGAUGACACAGCACAAUCGAGGGGAAGAUCUGAAGCCGUAUUUGGGGGGGGUGACGACGCCACAACAUUCUCAGGAAUUUGGUUUUGUGGGUCGUACGCCCAUCCCGGGAUACCCCUGUUGGAAGCAUGUGUCACAUCAGCUUUGAAUGUCGUGGAGAACGGGAUCUUCAGGGCUGAAGGGGUGAAUGGACGAAUAGAUUGGUUACCGUGACAUGUUUGUUGUGACAUAGAGUAACUUCCGAUCUUUUACACGAUGUAAAAACUAAUCCAUCUAAAAAAUCCUGGAGUAUUUUAGAAAGCCCUGU